AUGUCUGAACCUGCAGUCCAAGCUCAGAGGAAGCCUUCUGCCAACAAGAACAUCAAGAAGCUGCGUACAGUGAGCAUGGUGUGUGGCCUGGCACGAAGCUGGCAGCAAUGGAUCUGUGAGAAUGAGGAGAAGCAGACUUCUGAACCCACAGGCUGGGCCCCCGACAGCUACAAUUCUGAAACUGAUGUGUGUCUGUCUGAGAAGAAACCUCAAACCAGUCACAAACAAAAAACCCAAAGUGAGGACAAUGAACAUAAAUCUAAGGAUGGGGAGUCUCGCAUCAAGACCAAGCAGGUAGUAAAGACAGUGACAAGAGAUGUCCAAGAAAAGAGCGCAGGCAUUGAGUUUCUGACUAACCGGCUUUGUAAGGACCCAGUGACAGAGGAGCUGGACAAGAUGCUGAGCAAGAGGAGCUCACCUACCAGGCGCAGAAAGUGCUCCAACAUGGUGUCUGAGCUGACACAAAGCUGGAAGGUGGUGGAAAAGGAGCGUAAAAUUGCUGGGCAAGCCAAUGAGGCCGGUGGAUCAUCUGAUGCCGAGGAGAAGGCACUGGAGCUCAAUAGUUCAGAGAACCAGGAGGAAACCAAAGAAAAUGAAACAGAGCCAUUAUCAAUCCAUCUAAAGCGACCAUCAGUACUUGGGGCCAAGAAAGUGGAAGAUGCCAAUAAGAUAAACGCCCUCUCUAGUAAGUACAGUGCUGUGGGGAACCUGACAAGUCGCUGGCAGAAUUGGGCAUCUGAGCACAGUGACAACCAAAAGCUAAACCCCUUCAGCGAAGACUUUGACUAUGAAUACUCCAUGUCCAACCGGCUGCGCAGAGGUGAGGAUGGCUACGGCAGGCCCAAGGAGGGAAGCAAAACUGCUGAAAGAGCUAAACGUGCUGAAGCACACAUCCAUCGUGAAAUUGAGCACAUGUGCUUUAUUAUCCGGACCAUGGCCGACCCUGACCCGGAUGGCAAAACUCGGAUCACCUUCGGCGAGCUGUUUGAUAGAUAUGUGCGAAUCUCAGACAAGGUGGUGGGCAUACUGAUGAGAGCCAGGAAGCAUGGCAAGGUGGCUUUUGAGGGCGAGAUGCUGUGGCAGCGACAGGAUGAUGAUGUUAUUAUUACUCUGCUGGAAUAACACAAAUGUGGAACUGCUUUAUGACAUCAUGCAAAUAUGGCAUCUCUAAGAACAAGCGGCAAAAGGUGGAUUUUGCUGCUACCUGUUACAUGGUUUGCCAAAAUAUACUU